CGGGGUAGAUUCAUAUGUUGAUCGACAAGAGUUGACAGAUAUUGCUGUGUAUAACGAUCAAAAUCGCGAAAAAUUUGAUAGAGAAAAGAAAAAAGAAGAUGAAAUGAGAAAUGAAGAAAACGAAAAAGUAAAGAAAUACGCAAGAUAG